UGGAAGUAAACUAUGCCUCAGGUGAACUUUGACCGUGUCAGUCUGGGGUGGUGAGGGCGGAAGAGUGAGACGCUGUGAAUGACUGACCAACACAAAGCCUUUAUGAUUUCAGGUCCCUCUCUUUUUUCCCUCUAUGAGGUUUAGAAGGCUUAUUCUAUUCUUUGUGGAUAUGAAAGUUGUUCAUGAGGAAGCCAGGCUGUGGACCCACUGCAGCUGAAGAUGACUCAGAACAUGUUCCAAGAGGGGCUGUACCAUGUUUUUUUUAAGGACCGCACCUCGAGCCACCCACUCACUGUAACCACCAAUCAGGAAGAAUUUAAAGAUGUGCGGAUUGGACGCUGGUUUGGGACAGUCGUUAACACCCGCCUCCUUGUCACUGGGGUUUUGCAGGUCUUCGGUGCCCUGGCCUCCAUUCUAACCACAGUAACCUACGCCUGCGUGAGCUUCAACUGUUCCGUCUCCUUGACUACACCAGUCUGGUCCGGCCUGUUUUAUCUGGCCACUGGAGGGCUGGCAAUGGAAGUUCAGAGGAAACCCAACAAACUCAAUGUGACCACACUGAUAGGCCUGAACAUCUUCAGCCUACUGCUGGGGUGCUGUGCUCUGCUGGCCUACAGCCUCAUCACGUCACAGGCUAAAUCACUCUACACAGACCAACAGCGUGCGGGUGUGUACAUAGCGAAGGGCAGCUCUAUCAUGUUCACAGUACAGUGUCUGCUGGCCUCUGUCUACACUCUCUUCCUGUCCUGGAGAGGUCUACGACGGUAUAGCGGCCCCCACACUCAGACCUACAAUCGUCUAGCACAGGGCCCAGAUGAGGACACUAAUGAGCCCCUAAUGGAAACAGGAGAAUUCAGCCUUUAAACCAGCAGACCUGUGUGUGUGUGUGCGUGCGUGUGUACAUGCGUGUGUGACAAACUAUCUUAAGAUAUUCAUUUGAUGAGGAUGUCUAAGAAUAUGCACAAUGACGUACCAUUCUUACAUUGUAUUUUAUUCCUAUGACAUUAAAUAGAACAUUGACAAUCAAUCCCCUUAUACAAUGUGUAUAAAACCUUGUAAAUAUGUACACAUUUAUCCCGGAAAAUACAUAGCCUAUAUAUUUUUCAAAGAUCAGGACUGCACUGCAAACACAUGCAUUACAUUUGUAAAGUAGGUGUUGAGCGUUUUCAAAAUGAUAAAGUAUAAUCAAAACAUG